AUGCCUCUGCUGUCUUUGCAAACUUUCUUGCCGAGUGAAGAAGAAAACAAAGUAGUGAAAACAGGAGCUGCCUGUACACCUGAAAGCAGCAGCAGCAGCAGCAGCAGAGUGAAAGCAGCAACAGCAAGGACAGGGAGACACUCGGGGCUGUCUACGUUUCCUCUUUCUGCUCUUGAACGCAAUGCAGACGAACUGCAAUUGACGCGGAAGCAAGCUGCAGCACUUGCUUCUGCUGCUGCUGACCCAGCUGCUGCAGCAGACGCAGCAGCAGAGGCAGCAGCAACAGCAGCAGAGACCGAAGCCAAUGCAGCAGCAGACACAGCCUUCCUGGAGGAGUUUCCUUCUCCUCCUUUAUCACGCCACAUGGUACACCCGAAGCCAGCAGCAGCAGCAGCAGCAGCAGCAGCAGAACAAUCAUCAUCAUCAUCAGCAGCAGCAGGAGGAAGAGGAAUGAAAGGCGCAGCAGCAGCAAGAGCAUCAUCAGCAGCAGCAGCAAAUCGUAAAGUACAUUUGCUGCUGACGAUUCAUGGACACAGAGGCUCUUGGACAGCCUUCUUUCCUUUGCUAGAAACUCUAACAAUCGGCAGCAGCUGGGGAGGAGGUAAGCUGUACAGACACCCGAAGCAUCCGCUGCCUCUGCCUCCUGAAGUGCAGCCGCAAACAGAGAGCCCCAGCAGAUGGCAUUCAUAUUCUCUUGACUUCAAUGAAGAAGCAACGGCUCUCCACCCUGUCCUCAUUGAUCAGCAGGCGGAGUUUAUUUUGCUGGCGCUGCAGCACCUUCUAGACAAGUACAAAGAGCAAGGAGAGGAAGUAGAGCAUGCAGCACUUGUAGCACAUUCUUUGGGGGGCUUGUCUCUGCUGCGUGCAGUGUCGCUGCAGCAGCACAGCGGCCGGGCGUCUCCUCCUGUAGAUCUGCAGCAGCUGUCUCUUCUGUCUCUUUUCUUUAUUAAUUCGCCUGUCAGCGGCCACCAACUUGUGCAGCAACUCCCUAGCUUUCACUGGAUGUACAGCCAAGUGCAUGCAGACCUUGCGCAGGUUAUGGGGCUUUCCCGCAGCAGCAGCAGCAGCAGCCAGCAGGAGCAGCAGCAGCUGCUGCAGCAGCAGCAGGCGUUGCUGCUCCCCCGCACUGUAGGCAUCUUCACUGUCUCCUCAGGAGCUCAAGACAUUUUGGUGCAGGAGUCAGUUGCAGGCUUCCCGGAGGAGACACCUGAACUGUCUCCUCACUUCUAUGUAGAUAUGGCGAAGCUUAAAAUAGCUGGCAGCAAACUCACAGCUCUCAGCAGACAACUGCAGCAGCAGCAGCAGCAGCUGCAGCAGCAGCAGCAGCAGCAGCAGCAGAAACGGCAGCAGCAGGAGGAAGAAGAACAGGACACUGCCUCUGGCAGCCGCACAAGCUCCACCAGCCACAGCAGCAAUAGCAGCAGCAGCAGCAGCAACAGCAGCAGCAACAGCAACAGCAGCAGCAGCGGCGCAGCGUCAGAGUGCCUAGGGUUGUCUGGUGCUUCUCGCUGCGGUUUAUUAUCAAGACAUAUAUAUUAUACUAGGGUGUCUCUUCCCCUUAGUUCGGGUGUACAUGCAUCUUCUUGUCAUGAGUGCCCUCUGCUGUCUCCAUCAGAAAUGAAAAUCUUUGUGCAGCUGCUGCAGGCCCAGGUAGCUCUAGCGCAGCAACUAGCACCUGCUGCUGCUGCUGUCCGCUCCUUCCUCCAGCAGCAGCAACAGCCGCAGCAAGAGCAGCAAGAGCAGGGUCAGCUGCAUCGCCAGGCGCGGGUGCAGCAGGAGCUGCAGCAGCAGACAGAGGAGCAGCAGUUGGCGUUGCAGUUGCAGCAGCAGCAGCAGCAGGUGCAGCAGCAGCAGCAGCAGGUGGAGCAGCAGCUCAAGGCCGUGAAUGCUGCCUUGGCUUCAGGAGACACGGUGCUGCGGUUUCUGCGUCUCCGUGUGUCUCCUUUGCUGCUGUCUACUUUUCUGCUGCUGCACCCUGCGUGGCAGCUGACGGAGCAGCAAGACAUUUUGUCUCUGAUCCUUGCUGCAGUCGAUACAGAGGUGCAGCAGCGGCUGCUGUCUCCUUUUUAUGCUGCUGCAGCAGCAGCAGCGGGCAGUGGGGCCCCAGCGAGCCUAAGCAGCUCCUCACCUAAAGCUCUUGCUGCGCUGCUCCGAGGCGGCAACUGCAGCAGCUGCAGCAGCAAAGAGAUAUGCCUCCACCCCAGAGACAUGCUGUCAAUCCUGUUUCACAGACACAAGAGAGCAGCAUCAGCAUCAGCAGCAGCAGCAGCUUCGUCUGAGGAGGAGGAAGAGGAGGAGCUUUGCUGGGCAGCAGCAGCAGAAUUGCUGCUGCUGCCGCAGCGCGUGCGUCUAGCCUUGCCGCAGCUGCAGCAGCACGUGCUGCGCUUUAAGUAUGGGUUACCUGCGGAAGAAGACACGACGGAAGUAGCAGCAGCAGCAGCAGCAACCGCAGCAGCAGCACCAGCAGGCAUGGGCCCAGAGCUGCUUCUCCCCAACUUCCUUAUUCAGGCCAAGCUGCUGUCUAUGCUUCCGGUGUCUCCUGAGAGGCUGCUGCUGCUGCCGCUCGAAACGCAAAGGUUGUUGCAUGAGGCCCUUCUCGGCGCAGCCUGCUGCAGCUGCAGCAGCAGCAGCAGCAGCAGCAGCAAGAGCUGCUGCGGAGCGGGGGAUACUUGCCUGGAGGAGGCUUUAAGGGAGGGUCGUAGCAGAUCUUGGGGCCCCUUCACGGUCUACCCUAUCAGCUUGCAGCCUUUGCAGCUGCAGGAGACGGCAGGGCAGGCAGCAGCAGCAGCAACAGCAGCAGCAGCAGCAGCAGAUUGGCCUUUGCUGCGCAAGGGACGCCCUCCCCCUUUGCCGCUGCUCACGCUGCAGCCCCGUACAUUUGCUGCCUCCAGCCGCACAUUUUUUGCAGAUUUCUUUGAUGGGAGGAGCUCUCGACCGUGCGACUUGCGGGCGUUGACGCUGCAGCAGCAGCAGCAGCGGCAGCAGCAGCAGCAGCAGCAGCAGCAAGUAAACGCAAAACAACAGCACCUGCAUGCAGCGCUUCUCAGACAUAUUGCUGCCGCUGCUGCAGCCAGAGCAGCAGCAAGCGGUAGCAGUCAGAGCAACAAUACAGAUGAGGCAGCAGCAGCUGCUGCAGCAGAGCAUGCUGCUGCUGCUGCUGCUGCUGCAACGGCUGCUGAGGCGCUUACUAUUGGCAGGCUUAGCGAGUUCCUGCCUAGGGGGCUGCUGCUGCUUGCAGUGGAGCAUCCAGCAGCAAACCGUCUCUCUCUUAUGAAGCAAAGGAAGCAGCAGCUAGCAAGCCUCCCUCUUCUUGACGGUGCAGCUGCUGCAGCACCUGCUGCGGCUACUGCUGCUGCUGCUGCUGCUGCUGAUUUCGGAAUGGACGAGUGCAACCACCCCGAGCUUUUGCAGCGGGUUGUGCGCAAGAUUGAGGCAGGCGCACCUGCAGCAGUAGCAGCAGCGGCAGCAGCAGCAGCAGAAGCAGCAGCAGCAUCACGGACAGCAGCAGCAGCAGCAAGCGAAGUGGGGGGCCGGCGCUUUUGCUUCUAUGCGCUGCAGCCAGACAUUCAAACGGGAUAUCCUUUGCGCAGCUGCGGCUGGACGUUUAACGGUGGAGGUGCAGUGCUGGCCACUCUUGCUGCAGCGCAGCAGCAGCAGCAGCAGCAGCAGCAGCAGCAGGAUUGGGAGCCCCGUGCCUUCUUACUGGGAGUUGAUGUUGGCUACCUGGGGUCCCUCGACGUCCCCCCCGAGGACAACGGAUUCGCUGUAUGGGCUGCUGCUUCCGAGCAGCAGCAGCAGCAGCAGGAACAGCAGCAGCAGCAGGAACAGCAGGAGCAGCAGCAGCAGCAGCAGCACCAUCAAUAUGUUGUGGGGGACCCUUUGGCGGGCCCCGUAAUGCAGUUUGACAAUGAGUGGUUUGAAUGGGUAGCUAAGAAGUGUCUCCUUUUGCGUGUUGCGCUGUCUCUUUUUCUUCCUUUGCGCGCGAGGCUGCCAGCCUUCUCUCACCCUCUCUCCAGCAGCAGCAGCAGCAGCAGCAGCAGCAGCAGCAGUAAUAGUAGUAGUGGGGUGGCCGGCGCUGCUGCAGCAGCAGCAGCUGCUGCUGCUGCUGCAGGGAAGCUUGGAGUGCCUCGGCCCUUCUGGCUGCCGUUCAGUGAACGGUGGGGGCACUUCAUGCCUUACGACCUCAGCGUACACCUCAGGCUUCCGCAGCAGCAGCAAACUGAAACUAGCAGCAGCAGCAGCAGCAGCAACAGCAGCAGCAGCAGGGGUAGUUCGGAGCCUUUGUGGCUGCCUACGUUUGCUGCUCCCGAGUUCGUGUGGCUGCUUGCCUGGCCUUCAACCUCAGCUGGGGGUUUGUCUCUUAGUCGCGUGUCAGUGAAUAAGGGAGCCCUGUUUGCUGCUGCAGCACGUGCUGCAGCAGUGCAGCGAGCUGCAGCAAACGCUUUGGCUGCUUCUGCUGAGGCGGAUGCUGCUACUGCUGCUGCUGCUGCUGCUGUUGCUGCUGCUGAGGCGGAUGCUGCUGCUGCUGUUCAGGCGGAUGAUGCUGCUGCUGCUAUUACUGCUUCUGAGGCGGAUACUGCUGCUGCUGCAGCAGGCCUCCCUUCGGGGCUGACGUUGCUGCAGCAGCUGCUUCGUACGCCGCCUAGCAGCUCUACCAUUGUCCAGGGGUUGCUUGCUGCUGGAGAGGCACACGGCCCGUUUAAGCAGCAGCAGCAGCAGCCGCAGAAGCAGCAGCAGCAGCGGCGGCGGCGGCGGCGGAAGCAGCAGCACGACUCCGCACUAACACGUUUUUUUGCUCUUAGAGACGUAGAGAGCUCCAGCAGCAUAAUGGCGUUGAGGCGCCCGGCUCCUGCUGCUGCUGUUGCUGCUUCGCUUCCUGCUGCUGCUCUGCUCCGCCGCACUCCCUCUAGGCUGUACAGACAACACCUGCUGCCUCUGCAGCUGCCAAGGACAGCAACAGCAGCAGCAGAAGCAGCAGGGUGGUGGUCGACGGCCGCCCCACCCGCUGAGGCUGCAGCAGCAGCAGCAGCAACGGCUGAAGCUGCUGCUGCUGCUGCACCCUUGCUGGCAGCAAAGGAGAUGCUUCAUGACGCGCAGCUGCAGCUCAAAGCAGCAGAGAGAGAACUUGCUAAGCGGCAGCAAACACAUAUACCGCUGCUGCUGCUGCAAGACCCUCAAAGCCACGUCCCUGCCGCCACCUACACAGCAGCAGCAAGCAGCAGCACCAGCAGCAGCAGCAGCAGCAGCAGCAGCAGCAGCAGCGAGGAGUGGUCUUAUGAGUUUGUUGUUGAAGCUCGGCUCAACUGGCUGUCCUUUUUCAGGGUUUUGUUUGGGGAGUAUCUGCACCUUUUUCUCGCGGGUAUAUCCGCUAACACUGCGCUGUUCCUGGGGCUAACAUGUCUCAUCAUUUUCACAAAGGUCAGGCUGCUCAACCAGCAGCAGCAGCAGCAGCAGCAGCAGCAGCAGCAGCAGCAGCAGCAGCAGCAGCAGCAGCAACAGCAGCAGGAGCAGAAUGCUGUGGGGGACGAAGGUCCUGGUGGUGCUGCGGGUCCUGGUGCUGCUGCUGCUCUGCAUGCAGCACUUACAGGUACCCUUUCUUUCGUGCAGGCGGCGAGCAGCAACGAAAGCAGCAACGAAAGCAGCAGCAGCAGCAGCGGCAGCAGCAGCAGCAGCAGCAAGGCGAGCUUCGGGCAUGAUUGGUUGGCUCCGCUGCAUCGCGAGGAUGAGAAGGAGACAGAGCUGCAGCCAGCAUCCGCCGUCUUAACUGUUUUGCCUUCCUUCUCUGUCUCCCCUAAGGCAGCAGCUGCCUCAGCAGCAGCAGCAGCAGCAGCAGCAACAGGUGCUGCUGCUGCUGCUUCUGAUGCUGCAGCAGUAGCUGCUGCUGAGGAGGGGUCAGUCCCUGACGCUACCUGCUGCUGCAGCAGCAGUGACGGGGGAAGCGGCGUUUUGCUGAUGCCUUCGUCGGGGAGCGACUCGUGCUGCAGCAGCAGCAGCAUUUGCUGCUGCUGCAACAACGAGAAGGGCUUGAAAACAGCUGCUGCCCGCGCAUGCGCAGCAGCUGGAACGUCGGCAGCAGCAGCAGCAGCAGCAGCGACAGCAGCAGCGACAGCAGCAGCAGCAGCGACGGCAGCAGCAGGGGGUGUGGAUUCCGAGUGCUGUCGGUACAGUCCGCGUGCAGCAGCAGCAGCAGCAGCACCAACAACAACAGCAGCAACAACAACAACAAAAACAACAACAACAGCAGCAGCAUCACGUCGGGGGGGCGGGUCGAGGCUCUGCUCCGCACGGCGAAUAUCUGCUGCUGCUGCUGCUGCGCUGCUGCUGGUUGCUGCUUUGAUACCCUAUCGGCUCGUCUUGCUGCUGCUGCCGCUUAUUCUUGUUCUUUUCUUCCUUGAGUUAGGCUGCGACUGUGUAGCUGCGCGGCGGCCACGCUGCAGGCUGCAUCCUAGCAGCAGCAGCAGCAGCAGCAGAAGACGCAGCAGAAGGCGCAACAGCACCUUAGGCAGCAGCAGCAUAGCCACCAGCACCACCAAUUGUAGCGACAGCCCCAGUGGCAGCAGCAGCAACAACUACAGCGGCAACAACUGCAGCAGCAGCGACACAAGCAGCAGCAGCAGCAGCAACAACAGCAGCAACACGAAGAACAGCAGCAGCAGGGUUGCUGCUAUUUGCAGAGGAUCGCUGGGCCCGACGGUACUGUCAGUCAUUUAUUAUCUUCUUCUGUUUUAG